AGGGUUACCCCGUUACUCGGAGAUUCCGAGCAAGUUACAUCCUUCAGCUAUCGCAAUCAUAUGUUAACUCCUUGCCACGACCAUAAAUCCGAAUCAUGAAUGCGCAUCGCAAGCCACCAUCCAAUUAAUGAAUGCUGGACAUGUCACUUUUCAAAACUACCAACGGUAAUCUUAGCAUAAUUACUGGCUAUUUAUUACAAUUCUCCCUUGCUUGGCUCUCCUGCUUGGCUACGUCGAUGUAAAGAAAAAGCCCAAAUAAAUAUUACCUAUGCGGUCCUCCCUCCGUCUUCUCUUCAGAGGAAGACAAGUACCUUCUUGCUCCUCUCCUUCCUCUUCUUCUCCGAGACAGCAGCAAAUCACAAAAAUGGCAUCAGUGACAGGCGCAACUGCCACGCUAUCGUUAGCAACGUACCACAGCACCGUUACUGUACGGCCACCGCGGCCUGCUGAAUUCCCGGGUCUUGGCCCCGAAGCUCACCACGUUAAGAAUCGCCAUGGGAAGACCGUCAAAUUCCAGAAUCCGCACACGUCAUGGGGCCCCCCUACACCUUUGGGCCUAUUAAGUUUGUUCACGAAGUUGGCAACGGGCUUGAUGCCAUCGCCGGAUGCAAAAUUAGAAGACAACCUCGUGCCUGUCAUAAAUCCAGAGUUGCUGCCAACGCGCUCAUCUCCUUCGCCUGCGCUCCGUGCCACUUGGCUCGGCCACGCCUGCUAUUACGUGGAAUAUCCGUCGGGGCUCCGGGUCCUGUUCGACCCCGUGUUCGAGGACUGCUGCGCGCCCGUCAACUUCUCCUCCUUCAAGCGGUACACGCCGCCUCCGUGCAAGAUCGCCGACCUCCCCUUCGUAGACGCCGUCAUGAUCAGCCACAGCCACUACGACCACCUGUCGUACCCGUCCGUGCAGGAGGUGCAGAAGCACCACCCGAACGCGCACUUCUUCGUCGGCCUCGGGCUAGAAAAAUGGUUCAAGAAGGGGGGCUUGGAGAACGUGACGGAGCUGGACUGGUGGCAGGAUGCGGAAAUCACGCUGGCGCCGAAAGAAGGCGACAAGGAGAGCGGGCCCAUCACGGCGACGAUAUCCUGUCUCCCGUCGCAGCACAGCUCGGGCAGGACUUCGCUGGACCGGGACACGACGCUGUGGUGCUCGUGGGCGGUGACGUCGGGGGCGCCGCCGGCAGACAAGAAGUCGGUGUGGUUCGGGGGCGACACGGGGUACCGGUACGUACCUAAGGUAGCAACGGGGGUGGACGACUACGGGCCGGAGUACGAGCACCUGCCGGUGUGCCCGCAAUUUCGGCAGAUUGGGGAGCGGUUCGGGUCGUUCAACGUCGGGCUCAUCCCGAUCGGGGCGUACUACCCGCGGCCGCUGUUCUCGGGCAUGCACGCGAACCCGCUCGACGCCGUGGGCAUCUUCCUCGACACCAAGUGCAAGAAGGCGAUGGGAAUCCACUGGGGCACGUGGGUUAUGACGCCCGAGCCGGUGCUGGAGCCGCCGCAGCUGCUGAAGGAGGCGCUGGCGAGAAGGGGGUUGCCGGAGACGGGGCUUUUUGAUGUAUGUGAUAUUGGCGAGACGAGAGAGUUUUAAUUCCGAGGGGGGGGUGUUCGAUGUCAGGAGGGCAUAAGAUGGGAUUAUGGAGUUUGGUGGUCAUAAUCGAAGAGUAUGUACUGCUAGUAUGGAUGAUCAUUAAUUAAUUACUUACAUGACUACUUACACACUUGGAUUAUUAUGUAAUGGGGGUUUUUAUUCAUAGAUCCCAUCAUCAUUAUCAUCAUCAUUAUCACCGGCAGGACAGGCCGUUUGACGAUCUUCAAAUGAAGACGGGAUAGAUGACUAACCUAGAAUACAUAGAUGACUGGAAGGAAUGUAUUGCACAAUACAUACCUAUUAGCCCUGCUGGAGGUAUUAGGGGAGGUAUUAGGUAGCAGCUAUUAGGCACUGAUAAGGCCCAUAAAUAAAUACCCUAAAACUUAAAAA